UCCGUGUCUCCGGUGCUGGAGGUCUGCGGAGCGGCUCAGCUCAGCGGGGAUCCGCCACAAAGCAGAUGCGAAGCCGGGAUGAGAUGCGAGUCGCUGCCCUUUGUGAGGCUUCGGUGCUUCGGUUUGAAAUGCGAUUUUACAGCCGAAAACACAACAAAACAAACUGCGAUCACCAACAAGGAAUCAAGUUACACUCCGGUGGUAAAUGAGCGCGGAAUCUGAGAUGAGAGUCGGGAGAAAGUGAUUUUUGUAGGCACUUUUGUUGCUCGGCUCUUUGUGCUGCAGCGUUACCCUUUUGGAUAGAAAGGCCUCCAAGAUAGAUUCCCUCAGGAGUAAGGUGGACCUGCUGCGCCUCCCCCUGGCUCUCUCCACCAAGUCCAUCAGCAGCCGUAAGAGCCAGCUGGGCGUGGUCUGGGAGAAAGGCGGCGGCGGCGGCUCGGGGGCAGGAGGGGCCCGGAAACCCCGCCCACCGCCGGCCUCGGACAUGGACAACGAGUCGACGUACUCGGGCUACUCCUACAAGUCGUCCCAAUCGCGAAGCUCCCGCAAACACAGGGAUAGGAGAGACAGACAUCGCUCCAAGAGCCGCGACAGCAGCAUCCGAGACAAAUCGGUGACCAUCCAGACUCCGGGGGAGCCGCUGCUGGACGCCGAGUCGACCCGCGGAGACGACCGGGAUGACAACUGGGGCGAGACCACCACGGUGGUCACAGGCACCUCCGUGGACAGCGUCUCCAAUGAGGACCUGACGCGGCUAAAGGACCUGGAGGACUCCUCUCCGCUGCAGUGUCGCCGGUUCCUCGGCCCGGCGCUGGGCGGGGUUCUGGGGCUCUUCGCCCUGGUCACCCCUCUGGCCUUCCUGGCCCUCCCGCAGCUCCUCUGGCGGGACACCCUGGAACCCUGCGGCACCCCGUGUGAGGGUCUUUACAUUUCCCUGGCCUUCAAGCUCCUCAUCCUCCUCAUCUCCACCUGGGCGCUGUUCCUCCGCCCGCCCAGAGCCACCCUGCCGCGCUUCUUCAUCUUCCGCUGCCUGCUGCUGGCGCUGGUGUUCCUCUUCGUGGCGUCCUAUUGGCUGUUCUACGGGGUGCGCGUGCUGGAGCCCAGAGAGACGGACUACAGGGGCAUUGUGGGAUACGCAGCGUCUCUGGUGGACGCGCUGCUGUUCAUCCAGUACCUGGCCCUGGUGCUGCUGGAAGUCCGGCACCUGCAGCCCGCCUUCUGCCUGAAGGUGGUGCGGACCACAGACGGAGCCAGCCGCUUCUACAACGUGGGCCACCUCAGUAUUCAGCGUGCAGCAGUGUGGCUUCUGGACCAGUACUACAACGACUUCCCCGUCUACAACCCCGCCCUGCUCAACCUGCCCAAGUCCAUCCUCUCCAAGAAAAUGUCUGCCUUCAAAGUGUACAAUCUGGGGGAAGAGAACAGCACCAAUAACUCUACAGGCCAGUCCAGAACCAUGAUAGCAGCCGCUUCUCGAAAAAGAGACAACUCCCACACGGAGUAUUACUACGAGGAGGCCGAGGUGGAGCGGAGGGUCCGCAAACGUAAAGCCAGGCUGGUGGUGGCCGUAGAGGAAGCCUUCACCCACAUAAAGCGUCACCAGGACGACGAGGGGUCCGUGUCGUCCCCCAAACACCCGCGGGAGGUGAUGGACCCUCGGGAGGCGGCCCAAGCCAUCUUCGCCCCCAUGGCCCGGGCCAUGCAGAAAUACCUCCGCGCCACCAGGCAGCAGUCGUACCACAGCAUGGAGAGCAUCAUCAACCACCUGCAGUUCUGCAUCACCCACAGCAUGACCCCCAAGGCUUUCCUGGAGCUGUACCUCAGCCCGGGUCCCACCCUGCAGUACCUGGACACCAGCAGGGGGCGCCAGUGGACCCUAGUGAGCGAGGAGCCCGUGACCUCCGCCCUGCGUCAGGGUCAGGUCUUCUCCCUGAGACGCCUCGACUUCUCCCUGGUCGUCACGGUGACCCCCCUCCCUUUCCUGAACCUUGGGGAGGAGUUCAUCGACCCCAAAAGACACAAGUUUGUCAUGAAGAUGCAGUCAGAGACGUCUGUGUAGGAGCAGGAUGAAAUAACAAGUCUUUUUUUACCUUUUUGUUAGUUCUUUUUUAAUGUUUUUUAUCUUUUUGUAAGCCUGACGCCCAGACAACUCGGCCGAAAUAUCAGGAAGUGACAGAGAAGAAGCAACAGAAAUGCCUCAUCGCUGCCCUUGUUCCUCAAACAAACCUAACAUUAGUCACACUCCCUAUAACUGCUGACUGGUUACUUCUGAUAUUGCACUACAGACUGCUUCCAGUUCCCAUGAUACUGACAUUUAAGGGCUUUCUUAACGUGGUAUUUCAACACACUUACACACCUAUUUUUGACAUAGAUUCGACACCUUUAUUCAAGAGAAUAAGGUAGGAUGUGGUAGACAAACAGUUCACCUCAGUGUGCACUGACCUUUUAAAUGCACAAUCAGACUUUGUCAGAUACUCCUACUUCUCUUUUUACUUGAACUUCUCGUUUGCUUUUAAAUGCUAUAAAAGGGCAUAAUCAAGCAUCCAUUUGAAGUGCCCUCGUCUUGUAUCACCUAUUGGACUGGAUUCUGUGAGUGAAUCAAAUACAGGUGAAACUGUGUCUUAUAUUUUUAUUCGACUGAAAAUUGGAUUAGAAAAUGUUCCACUACAAGUUUGAAGUAAGAAACACUGGAUGGACUUUAAUGCACUGAGGAUUUGUGCUUUUUUGUAUUUCCUGCUCAGGUUGUGUUGAAUCAUCUAGUGAAAUGCAAUCCUGCACUAAUAAGAAAUAUGACUUUUCAAACCAAGUGUAGGCGAAUUUUUUUCACCUACAAGGCUGGAAUUGGACUUGAUGGACUCUUAACAUAAUUUAGCCAAGUACAACCAAUGUGGUUCAUUUUGCCAGCUUCAUGUUGAUUAAUGUCUUUGAUAUUUUAAAGUGAGUGUGUCAAUGUGUGUGUUUUGGUACUGGAAAAAGUGGCCAACUGCCUCAUGGCCUUAGACCCAAAAGCUCCCUCCAUGUGAUUGAUUAAAAUGUUUUAUAUUUGUAACAUUCUCAGCUUAAGCACAGUCUGAAUUAAGACGGGUCAAAUUGUAUUUCCCCUAACAAUGUAAUAUUUAGUAUUGCACUCCUUUAACACUGUCACACUCAUGAUGGACAGAAAAAAACGUUAUUCCACAUAUUGACUUGCCUUGGUUGCAGCUUAGCAACUACAUUUCCCACAAUGCAACUCUACCGCCAACAGUUCAGUUACAUAUGUGGAUGCAAGUCGCAGCUAAUGCCUUUACAUGUUAAUUAAACUAUUUCUCACUGUUGUGCAGCACGAAAAACAGACUGAUUUCUUAAUCGGGACACUUUCGUGUACACAGUCAUCAUACAGUAUGUAUUGCUAAACAAAAUUACCAAAUUAACCUGACACAAAAAGUCAAAACCCCUUAGAUAAGAAGUUGAUUAUGUUUUGCUUAAAUAAUUGAUCAGUAAUCAAAAUAGUUGCAUAUUUUAUUUGAUGAACUAACAAAUAAAAGACUAAUCAUUCCACUUUUAGAGAACUAGUUUACACUAGGGGUCAUCAGGGGCCCCUUAGAGGCGAAUGGGGCCACAUAUUGUGUCUUAUGUCAGUCAAAGAUGUCCUUUUUUACACUACAGAUAGAGAUUGUCGUGCCACUCACAAGCAGUGUACUUUUCCUACGAUUGUAUUUUCUUGUUUUUUGAUGGAUCACUUUGUUGUACUCGAUUUAACACUCAGAAGAACAGUGUCUUUUACAUCAAGCUUGUUGUUUACUGUGCUUUUUUAGGACUGAGUUGAUGUAAAAGGUUUUCUAAUAAAUGAUCUCAUCCAAAAACAAA